AUGGAUGUAUGUAAAUACGAGCAGAUUGUGAUUCUGAUGAUCUUUAUAGGUGCGAUCGUGCAUUCACGAAUACACGCAUUCAAAGAAGUUCCCGUCCCGACUCUCGUCAUCUUCGGAAAUACCGUGCAAUUGAACUGUAGCUAUUACGACGAGCCCCUUUUUGUAGCGUGGUACAAAGGGGAGAAUAAGCAAGGGAUAUCAUUGGGAAGAAUAGUUACAUACCAAGAUGACAGAUACGAGAUAGUUGGCGAAGAGCAAGAAUUCCAUUUGAAAAUUCACAAUGCAACAGUGGAUCAGCAGGAUAUCUACGAGUGUGGGGACUUUGCCGACCUUUCUUCCAGAGCCUCUGCGCGCAUAUAUGUAAUAGAGAAUGGUACGACUUGUAGUGUCGAUAAAGGAAUGACUGUCAUCGCCGGUGAGCACACAGUGUUCACUUGCUCCAUGGAUCUGAGUAGCGACGCCCCUGGAGACCUGGUGUGGUACAAGAACGGAAUUCAAGUAUCUCGCGAAACAUCCAUGACCAAUAUCUGGAAUACUACGUUCACUCGAGCAGACACCGAUUGCUACAUCGACUGUCAGCUGGAACACUAUACACUGCCGUCGAAUCAGUGGUCGUUGGUGUCAUGUGAUCUUCAGAUCACGAUGGACGUCCAAUAUGCACCGCAAGUAGAAACCUCAGCUGAAAGUAUCACUCCUCUAGUCGAAGGAGAAACAUUUUCCAGUGACUGUCGUAUUGUUGACUACGGUAAUCCUCCUGAAUUGGAACGCAUAUAUUGGACCAAUCCAUUCGAUUACAUCAUCGCAAACAGUAGCAACAUAACAAUCAACAAUAUAGACAGAAGUGAAAGUGGACAAUAUAAGUGUGUGAUGUCGAAUCUAUACUAUAAUGGCGAAGAAGGCAAUGGCACUGCGAACGUUCAACUAGAUGUACAAUAUUCUCCUGAUGUCACUAUUAUGGAUGCCAGUAACACGACAGUUAUCGAAGGUCGAGACUACGUAGCUAUUUGCAAUGUAUCAGCCAAUCCUGAUACUUUUGGAAUUUGGGUGAAUUACGGAGGAGGGGUAGACGUUAAUGGGGAGGUGCUUCGAAUAAUAAGAGCUACUAAAAACCACAAGCGAGCAUACACGUGUGAGGCAGAAAACACGCUUUAUACCGGAGACGAAGGAUAUGGUAAUGCGACGAUACACCUUAACGUUCAGUACAAACCUAUAGUAAAAAUACAGGACGAAAGCAAAGGAAUGGCAAUCAGGGGACGACGCUACAUCGCUAAUUGUACGGUUGAUUCAAAUCCUGAAUCUGCCAUUGAAUGGUUGGAUCCGACUGGAAUAACACGCAUACGACAAUCACAGCUUGUGAUCGAGGAAGUGAGAGUUCAAGACGAAGGGAUGUACCUGUGCGAUGCCAGUAACACUUUCCAUAAUGGUGAAAUUGGUGACGGUGUGGAUUAUAUACAAUUAACGGUGCAGUAUGAACCAGAUGUAGUACUGGAUAUCGUGGGUUAUACAGAUGGCAGAGGAAAAGUCAAAGAAGGUGCAUCUAUUUCCAUACAAUGUAUCGUAUUAGAAGCAGAACCUGCUGUUGACGGGUUGUCAUGGUUGAAUAUGGGUGCAUGGAAUGAAUGGCUGAAUUUUACACAAAUCGAUCGCCAGAAAACUGCCUUGUACACCUGUGAGGUCGUGAAUACUUUCUGGAAUAACGAGAGGGGAAAAGGAGAAGCCAGUAUUUUUAUCGAUGUGCAAUAUGAUCCUACGGUAACCGUCAGUGACAGGUCAGACUGGUAUGCCGUCGAAGGUCGGCCAUACAUCACGCGAUGUAACGUCACCGCCAACCCUGGACCCGUGGUGCACUGGGAAUAUGCAGGUAACAUCGUGUCCAGAAGUGAAACAUUAGCCAUAGACAGUGUUCGCCGUGAACAUACGGGAAUAUACACCUGCAAAGCUAGGAACGUGUUUUGGGACAACUCAAUUGGUAGUCAUACUGAUUGGAUUUUCUUUGACGUACAAUAUCCCCCCGUUGUGAAUUUAACCUCUCCACAGACACGAAAGGAGGGCGAUACCGUACAGCUGGAAUGCUCUGUCGCCGAUGCAAAUCCAGAUAACAGCGCCAUCAUGUGGUAUAAAGACGGCAUGGCUAUACAUGGAUCCGGUAUCUACGAAAUGGCGGACAUCACGCGGGAUCUUGUUGGAGAAUACAAUUGCACUGCAACCAAUAUUUUUUACGAUGGCAGCAUGGGAACUGGUAGCAACGUAACAACUCUUUACAUACAGUACAAACCGGAUCUGCAAAUAGUCGAUAAUCAAAAUGGUGAAGUCAUCGAGGGGGGACAUUACAGUGUCCUGUGCAUAUCAAAUGCAAACCCCACAGCAAACGUAAUAUGGCAAUCACAGAAUGGAUCCAUUGUAUCAACAACAUCGGAACUUGUGAUCGAUGCUGUUAGCAGAGACCAGAUUGGUACAUACAGAUGUCAUGCUGAGAACAAUUUUUACGACGGAACAAAGGGACUUGCCAAUGCAUUUAUAUACCUAGAUAUUCAGUUUCCCCCUGUUAUAAGCAUCUUGUCACAGAUAUUCUGCAAGGAAGGCGACGAUGUCUCGCUGAUAUGUGAAAUAACAGCCUCCAAUCCUGAAUACGCCAGUGUUGAGUGGCUACAUAAUGGCGUACAAUUAGACAACUCAAGCGACCACACAUUGUUCAACGUAACUAGACGUGAUUCCGGGGAGUAUAUCUGUCGCGCUAAUAAUACCUACUUCGAUGGAACACAGGGAAUUAGUUCAAGGACAGCCAUAGUUGACGUACAAUACCCACCAGUAGUAAGAGUUAAAGAUCAUACCCGAAUUGUCGAAGGACGCGACACUAUGCUCAUCUGCACUAUAGUCGCCAACCCCAGACCACAUUACGUAAAGUGGAAGAAGGAAGCUAUGUUUAUCUCUAACGACACUAUAUUUAUGAUACGGUCAGUAAGCAGAACUCAUACUGGGAAUUAUACUUGCGUAGCGGUGAAUGAGCUCCACGAUAACACUAUAGCCACUGACCAAGCAACCAUGGAGUUGAUUGUUGAAUACCCACCUAUUGUUAACAUUUCUGGACCGGAAAAACCUUUGUUGCUUGGGGAAACUUUAAAUAUAACAUGUAUUGCGGUUGGUGGAUAUCCUGCUCCAUAUUUGCUAGCACUGUACUACUCUGGUGAUGACGGGACCACAGUGAUGGUAGACGAAUCGCCUUUUACUGUCCUUGGGUACCUGGUAAAAACGAUACGUUCUCUUGCAGGAUCUUACUAUUGUGUAUCGUACGUGCAGUAUUUUGAUUCGUCAACAGCAGAUGUUAGAAGUGAUACGAUAUCCGUCACAGUUCAUUUUUCUCCGAUCAUCACUGGUGACAACGUGCAGGCAUUGGAAGAAAAAGACGCAAACCUGAUAUGUAAAAUUGAUGCCAUACCUUCAAUUAGAUAUAUCAAAUGGAAGAAUAAUUUUGGUGUGGAAAUAACAGAUAUUGACAUUAAAAAUGACUACGAUGGAUCUACAGUAACAAGCUCACUCCAUCUUACAAAAGUCACGGAAAAGAAAACAGGGACGUAUACAUGCGAAGCAACAAAUGCGAUAGGAACUACAAGACACACGAUAGAACUUUCAAUAAUCGGCACAGGCACGUCGUUUUUUGAGAACAAGUGGGCGCUUCCCAGUAUAAUCGGUGGUGGCGUCCUUCUUAUUGUACUUUUACUUAUACUAGUAAUAUGUCUUUUUCAAAGAAGAAAAUCACCACCAAAAGUCCCACCCAAAGAACCUCACGAAGACGGGCACCUAAUUGAAGACCUACAUAGUCCUGGAACGACUGGAAUUGUAAACCAUGGAAACGUGAAUGAUGAUGCGUAUACAGAGACGACGUUAUCUACUUUUAAACCUGCAAACGGUGAAAACCGUAUACCGGACUAUUGUCAAUCCGGAAGUAAAUAAAAAGAGAGAGUGGCAAAUACAUGAUGACGUAUUAGUUGAUCUCAAGUCUUGGUAUCUUCUACCGAGAGAACAUGCAUUAUUAUUUUUUCUGAAGACAAACUUUUCUCACUGUGUCAUCGUUACCCAACCAACAAUGAUUUAUUGUUUUGUUUUGAUUUUUUUAACUGUACUAUAUGUAUGUGUUUUGGGACGAUUUUAUUAAAUUUAUUGUGACUG